AUGUGUUGUUUUGUGUUCAUGCUCAUCGAAGAUAAAUGUCGUAACAAAAAAACAUGUGUUUUGUGUGCUCAUUUACAACAACUAAACAUUUACGACACUUUGGGACUCCGGAGUCGCUGUUUUGUUGUUGUUGAUGUUAUUUUAAGUUGCUUCAAAUUGAUUGAUCAUAAAAAAGAAGAAAAAUAUGACUAG